AUCUAUCGCCUUGGUGGUGUUCCAGCUCUGUUCUUAAGACAUUUCAGCCAUGACUAAGAGAGAAGCAGAGGAGUUGAUAGAAAUAGAAAUUGAUGGAAAUGAGAAACAGGAAUGUACUGAAGAAAGCAUUGUUGAGCAAACCUACACCACAGCAGAAUUUGUGAAUCAAGCUAUUGACAUCAAUGAACCAAUUGGAAAUCUUAAGAAAUUACUGGAACCCAGACUGCUGUGUUCCUUGGAUGCACAUGAAAUUUGUCUGCAAGAUAUCCAGCUGGACCCAGAUCGAAGCCUUUUUGAUCAAGGAGUGAAAACAGAUGGAACAGUGCAACUCAGUGUACAAGUAGUAUCUAGGCAAGGGACAGACCCCAAGUUAAAUAUCCUUGAAAUCGUGAAGCCUGUGGAAACUGUGGAGGUAGUAAUUGAUCCAGAUGCUCAUCACGCUGAGGCUGAAGCUCACCUUGUUGAGGAAGCUCAAGUGAUAACCUUAGAUGGAACAAAACACAUCACAACCAUUUCAGAUGAGACCUCUGAACAGGUGACACGAUGGGCUGCAGCAUUGGAAGACUACAGAAAGGAGCAGGAGCGCCUUGGAAUACCCUAUGACCCUGUGCAGUGGUCAACAGACCAAGUGCUCCACUGGGUAGUGUGGGUGAUGAAGGAGUUCAGCAUGUCAGACAUCGACCUUAAUGCACUCAGCAUUCCUGGGCGGGAACUCUGCAGCCUCACUCAAGAAGACUUCUUCCAACGAGUCCCACGUGGGGAGAUUCUGUGGAGUCACUUGGAACUUCUUCGAAAGUAUGUGUUGGCUAGUCAAGAACACUCUGGAGAAAUAGCAACUGUUACUAUUGAUCAGCCUGUGCACAUUAUUCCAGCAUCUGUACAACCUGCUACCCCAACCACCAUUAAAGUAAUAAACAGCAGUGCAAAGGCAGCUAAAGUACAGAGAGCUCCACGGAUCUCGGGGGAAGAUAGAAGUUCCCCUGGGAACAGAACAGGAAACAAUGGCCAGAUCCAAUUAUGGCAGUUUUUAUUAGAACUUCUCACUGACAAAGAUGCUCGGGACUGUAUUUCUUGGGUUGGUGAUGAAGGAGAGUUUAAAUUGAAUCAACCCGAACUGGUUGCACAAAAAUGGGGGCAGCGCAAAAACAAACCCACAAUGAACUAUGAAAAACUUAGUCGGGCUUUGAGAUACUAUUAUGAUGGAGACAUGAUAUGCAAAGUGCAAGGCAAGAGGUUUGUCUACAAAUUUGUGUGUGACUUGAAAACUCUCAUUGGAUACAGCGCAGCAGAGCUGAAUCGGUUGGUCAGAGAAUGUGAACAAAAGAAACUAGCAAAGAUGCAGCUUCAUGGCAUUGCGCAGCCAGUUACAGCAGUAGCACUAGCUACUGCAUCCCUGCAAACAGAGAAAGAUAAUUAAGCACUAGGACCUGAAAGUGGGAACCCAUGGCCUUUCCUAUAUAGCCAGAGAAGUUGCUUUACUUUUAUCUGAAAUGGAAGCUUCUUCUUUUUCUUCACAAUACAAUACCAUGCAUGAUUUUCUACAAAGAACUGGGACUUACGUAAAUUUGGAUCUUUUAGCAGCAUAUGUUUCAGUGUAAGUUAAGAGAUCACCACAACUUCUGCAACUUUGAGUCAGGGCCUCUAUGAUAUACAAUCUGAAAUUGGUGAAAAAAAGUUGAACUGCAUUCAACUGCAUUCAGCAUUCUGCGUUCACAGCUCUACAAAAUCUUUUUUGCAGUGCUUUUUAACAAAAAUGAAGUAAACGCAGGCUGAUCAGUUGUCUGAAUUGGGUUCUUUCCGGCUUUUUAUUCUCUGCUGAGCUACCAAAUUGAAUUUGAUGCUUUUAAACUUAAAUGAACCUUAAAUGUUCAUUACUCUUAUCUAAUCAAGCAGAGCUGAAAGGCACACCAAACACGACAAAGCAUCGGGUUCCUCAAAUAACUUCUGUGUUUAUAAGGAAAGGAAACUAAGACUAGGCAGAACUGAAGAUCUGUGCUGAAGGAGAUCCAGGUUUAGAUCUGGCUUAGAUGAAAAGCCAAUUACGAGUGUUUCACUGUAAUAUGUAGAUAAUCUGCAUUUAUGAGGGCAAGUACUAACCUGUUAUAAGACUUUGUUGAUGCUAGCCAUGUAAUAUAAAACAAAACUUCUUCCCCCACCAUCCUCCCAUCAGGUGAUUUGAAAACUUGAAAAAAAUAUCCCUCACCCAAAGAGUAGUCUGUAGGUGGGUUUUGUUUGCUUGUUUUUAUGCUCUGUUCUGCCAGGUGCUUUAAUACCUGCAUGAUAGUCAAUCCUAGUGACCGAAGACCUAAGUUAAUCACAGUUAUUAGUCCCUUGCUCAUUAGAAACAAAAUAGUUGUUGAAAAUAGUUUUAAAGAGAACUGAAAUUUAGUUUCCAAAUUAUUGUACAGAAUGACAUAUAUAAAAGUGCAAAGAUGUGUAAUUUUUAUUUAAAAUUAAUUUUUCUGAACUUCAAAUGAUGUUUCUGAAGCUUCAUAAGCCAAAUGCGUGCUCCAGAGCUGGGUACAAUUUGAAGUAUGGAUGAUGAAUAGAAAUACUUGGAAUAUAUUUUGAAUUUUGAGACACUGGUAUAGAAAGAACUUCAUACAAAAGUGCAGUAAAAAGUAGACUGCAAUGUUUGAGCUUCUACGUUUAUGACUUUCUUUUGAUGUUUGAAAAUAGUAUGGUUUUAGUACUCCUCUUUUGUGUUAUUAAACUUUGUAAUUCUUAUAAGGCAUAUUUCCCAACUUUUUAUAACUGAGCACCCUGCUCCCGCUAACAUUUCACAUUUAAUUAAAAUGCAAAUUGUUAAGGGAAAACCUUUUAAUUCAGCUACCCUUAAACCUUAAAAAGUGCUUGUAUAGAGACUUUCUAAACAUAAAAUGUACUUACAUGGUGAGUAGCGGGAGUACUGGGUGGUUGUUCUUAGGCUGCAAAGGAAUGGUCUUACUGGUAGUCAGAGAGCAGAAAACAGAAUGUUCAUCUUUAUUUUAAAGAUGGGUUGAGGACAGAGCUGUUUGUUUUAUAGGUGCAUGUUCAUUUGCAGAUAGCUUCUGGUUAAUUAAAAAACAUGCAUGCAUUUCUAGUUUACCUUUUUAUUACUUCCAUGACUAUAACACUUUCUUGACAGAUCCUGUCAUCAACUCUUAAUAUUAUUUUCAUUCUUGGGUGCUUAAAGUAUUCCAUCAACUAAGCAUGCUGACUUAUUCUUUUUUUAAUGAAAUCUUCUAAGCCAUGAGCAAGGUAUGUGUCUGUCACUAGAAGUCAACCAUUAAUCCACUUUUGCUGUUAAAAUAGUCCAACUCCACCAAUUGGCAAGUGCUUGAGGUGACUUAGCAAAUAGGUGUAGAUUUGCUUUCUAAGAGUAAGGUGAAGCUGAUAGUUCAGUGGCAGCAACUAUGUAUAUAACAUCAUGCCUUUAUUAAACAGAAGUCCAAUACAAGUCACUAGUUCUAUUUAGCAGAGUUCAUGAAAAGCCUCUCUGUUAAAAUACAGUACAAAAAAAGAAGUUUUAAAAAAAUAAUAAUUUACUAUAUCUAGCUGGACUGCAGUAGGAUAAGCUGAAGUUGAAAUGUAAUAUCAAUUAUUUAUCCCCCUGAAUGUUCUUCAUACAUGGUAAGCCCUCUAGGGGGAAGUUCUGAUAUCACACUUGAUUUGUAAAUACAUCUGCUUGUUAGUUUGAAGUUUUUCAGUAGGUGUGCAGUUCUUUGGGUUGUUUUGGUCAUCUGCUUUUCCACCUUGUUCUAAUUUAGCAAAGAAGAAAUCUUUCAAACAGUAUAAAAUCACUGUCAUAUUUUCUGUAGUUGAGGGAGAAACCUGUGACUAACUUGAUGUCUUCAGUGAAAAAAGGAUGUAGAAUAUACUGUCAAGAGUUGUUCUGAUGCUGCCAGAUGAAAACAUAGAAAGAAUAUUCCCAAAUUUUUUGUAAAAGAAGGUUUUUGCAUACUUUUUACUCUUUAAAUAAAGACACUUAUACUCUGCUGAUAAUUA